AUAAGAAGUAAUCACAAACAUGGCGUCUUCUCCGGUCUACCCCAGUUCGCCAACUGGCACGUUAAAAAGGGACGCCUCGAAGAAAGACUCUGGCAAACUUGGUUGGGUUGGAACACUCACUCGAAGGAAAAAAGGCCAAGAAGUUGAUGAACUUGAGACAGAGGGAAGGCAUGCCAUUGAAUCUCCAACGACGCCUAUCACUGUGACUCCAGACACUUUUGAUCUAGAUGAAAAUGAAGAACGAUCAAUGGUGGAGCCUGCUUCACUUGAAAAUAUAAAGCUUAAGGAAUUGAAGGAGGUGCUGCUAGACUGGAUUAAUGACGAACUUUCAGAACAACGAAUUGUCCUCAGAGACAUUACAGAGGACUUGUAUGAUGGUCAAAUUCUUGCGGUUCUUAUGGAUAAACUUGCAGGGAUCAAGCUCUCUGAGUUUGAAGAGGUUACUCAGUCAGUGGAGAGCCAGAAAGCCAAACUGUCUAUUUUGUUGGAGCAUGUGAACAAACUGCUAGGAGUCCCCCAGCAUAGAGCAAAAUGGUCAGCAAAUGGUAAGUUUGUAAAAAUUAUGAAAAGUAUCUGUUUGGCACUUCUUUCAGGUAGGGAGAUUGGGUGCGGAGAAUGUGCUACUCCCUCACUGAAACCUGAAUUCCUCUUUAUAUUCCUUUUAAAAUGUUUCUUUUUCUUCUUCCUUUCCUUUUUCAGUGUACAGAACGGUAAACCAGAAAGAGAUGCCUUCGACGCGCUUUUUGACAAUGCCCCUGAAAAGCUGAAUGUUGUAAAAAAGUCAUUGCAAGUCUUUGUCAACAAGCACCUGGCCAAGUUGAGUCUAGAAGUUGUUGAUAUUGAUUCUCAGUUCCACGAUGGUGUCUACCUCAUCUUCUUGUUGGGACUUCUGGAGGGCUUCUUCGUUCCACUCUAUCAGUUUUACAUUACUCCUGCAACCAAAGAUCAAAAGCUCCAUAAUGUAACCUUAGCUAUUGAUCUGAUGAGAGACAGUGGAUUGAAGUUCUAUGCCAAGCCUGAAGAUGUCGUUCAUAAGGAUCUCAAGUCGACAUUAAGAAUCCUUUACUGCUUGUUCCAAAAGUACAAGAGCCUCAAGUAGUUCAGACUUCAAUCUGCCAUGGCUUGCAUUUUAGAACAAAAUAGCAACGAGGAAGUAGACUCCAACCUUAUUGUAUUAGUUAAUAUUUAUCACUUGUCUGAGUUGGUUAGAUUUAAUAACUACUCUGCUUAAUACCUUGACAGAAUUCUUCCGAAAUCUCCCUUUCGUUUGGAAGAAGACGGACAAUCAGUUAUUGGUGAAAAACAAACAAAACAAAACAAAAAAGCAAACAACCAUUUGAACAGGAAAACGUAUAAAAGAAAACAAAACUAUGUAAGGGCAAAAUGAUAAUUUUCUACUCAAAUGUUCCAUUUUUCACUAACAACUCAAUAUGUCCACACAAAUGGACCUAUUGACACGUGUAGAGAUAAAUUAUUUGUUGGAAGCCAUUUCCCACGCCGCACGUCUCCGUAGUGCGGCCAGAACGUUUUGUAAUUCGCAAUCGUGUGAACACACUCAAGCAUGAUAUGAAAUACCGCCGGAAAUUGAAUAUUGACGGUGACGCCAGUUCACCAACAGCUGUCACGCCAUCUUGCAACUUUUCUCUACAAUGAUGUGGCGUGACACAAACACUUACGACUAUAAUUGAGUGAUGGACAUAUUUCUAAAAUGCGCGGCUUCUUGUAAACAGCCACUUUAUUAAAAAUAUUUUGUAGAUUUAUUUUUAUACAAUAUUUUUUAAUAAAAAUAACUUUGUGUUCGAUUAAA